AUGUAUUGUUAUGGAACAAAUGCUUCGGUUGCUCCAUGGAGAGUAGUGGACAAGUUAGCGGAUGACCUAAAUGGUAGAAUCAAAUUGGAAGAUACUGGAUUUGACUGGAAAAUUCUUGGUCCUGAUAUUCAGGGGGUACAUGUUGUGGAUGAAGAAAACCAACACCAAGAAGCGUCAAGUUCUUCAAGACCCAAGUUUACUAGUAGGGUGAUCUCGCGAGAUCACGUGGCUGCCGCAAAGCUUUUAUACGAUCAUUACUUUGCGCCAGAACCAACUUACCCACCUGAUAUGUUUCGUAGAAGGUUCCGAAUGCGAAAGGAAAUGUUUCUGCGCAUAGUGCGAAACAUAAACUCCUUUGAAAGCAGUGAACCGCUACCGAAACACUUUCAGUUCUUCCACAAAGGCGCGACAGAUGCUACUGGUCGUCCCGGUUUCAACUUUUUCCAAAAAUGUACUUCUGCUAUACGCCAGUUAGCGUAUAGUUUUAAGGCUGAUGCUUUAGAUGGGUACUUGCAGAUGGCUCAAGAUACGGGCUACCAGUGUUUAGACGCUUUCUGCAAAUGUGUGAUACACCUGUAUCAACACGAGUACUUGAGAAGGCCAACGGAAGCAGAUAUCGAGCGGUUCACUGCCAUACAUGAGCAGGUUCAUGGUUUUCUGGGAAUGCUUGGUAGCAUAGAUUGCAUGCAUUGGGGUUGGAGGAACUAUCUAGUGGCAUGGCAAGGGCAGUACACCCGAGGCGAUAAGGGACAUCCACCAAUCAUGCUUGAAGCGGUUGCUUCAUAUGAUUUCUGGGAAUGCUUCAUAAGGGACAUCCACCAAUCUGGCAUGCCUACUUUGGCCCUGCUGUUUACAAAGGGAUAUUACCUAGCAGAUGGUAUUUAUCCAGAAUGGGCUACUCUUGUUAAGUCAUUCAAGUGCCCGAUGGACCCGAAAACCACCAAGUUCAAAAGAUACCAAGAAGCUGCAAGAAAGGAUGUCGAGCGAGCAUUUGGGGUUCUUCAAGGUCGUUGGCAGAUUAUUGAACAAUAUACGCGGCCAUACAGUACCAACAAGAUAAAACGGAUCAUGUUAUGUUGUGUGAUUCUGCACAACAUGAUCGUUGAAGAUAACGGGCGUGCAAUUACAGAGUUUGAAGAAGAGUUGAUAGCUAAUAAUACACUCCCAACCCGUACGUGGACUGAAAGAUGUUCAACGCAGCUUCGUAUGUACGGGGAGCUUCGCGAUAGAAUGGCUCACCAUCAACUCCGCAAUGCUCUGAUCGAACAUGUUUGGAACCUCCCGGAACACGGCCGUCAAUGUUGA